AAGUGACCCCUCAGGUGUGUGUGACCCUGGUGGUUGUUGCAGGUGCUGGCCGCGCCGCUCGCGGCUCCCGGCGGGACGAUGUUCAGCGCCACCGCCUCCAGAGGGAGAUCAGGAGAGAGGUGGAAGAAUUCUUUGGGACACAUGACUCUGGCUCAAGUAAAAGAACUGCUCUGUCUGUCUUCAAAAUUGCCAGGAAGCUGCUGUUUGUGUUCAGUCCCAAAGAGGACAAGGAGAGGUUUGAAAAGCUGUGCCGUUGUAUCCUCAACAGCAUGGAUGUGGAAAAUGAGCCCAAGGUGUGGUAUGUGUCCCUGGCACUCUCCAAGGAUCUUACACUCCUGUGGAUCAAACAGAUCAAAGACAUUCUGUGGUUUUGCUGUGAAUUUCUCAAGCAGCUUAAGCCUGACAUCCUGCAGGACUCCAGGCUGGUCAAUUUGCACCUCACAAUGCUUGUGACCUUCACAGACACUUCCACCUGGAAAAUCCUUCGGGGUAUAGGUGAGACCCUGAGGCCUGCCAUGAACCACAUCUGUGCUAACAUCAUGGGACACCUCAACCAGAAGGGCUUUUACUCUGUGCUGCAGAUUUUGCUAACUAAUGGCUUGGCAAGAUCCAGACCUUCCUUGUCCAAAGGCUCCCUGACUGCCAUCUUCUCUCUGGCACUGCGCCCUGUGGUUGCUGCACAGUUCUCAGACAAUCUGCUGAGGUCCUUUCUGAUCCAUGUCAUGUCUGUGCCUGCUAUAAUGACUCAUCUUGCUACUCUCACACCUGAACGUCUGGCAGUGAUAGAGUCCCACGAGCUCUUCCGCAAGUUCAUCCUGUUCCUGAGCAGGGAAGCUCAGUGCCACGAUGUCUGCGUGUGCCUGGAGGGCAGUCACACCCUCUGCCUGCUGGGAAACCUGGUGUUCCUGGGCUCCCUGAAUGACCAAGUGCUGGAGGAGGAGACAGCCCUCUUUGUGGGGGUGCUCAUCCACAUGCUCUCCUACUGCCAGAAGUAUGUUUCACAGAAGAAAUCCAACCUCACUCACUGGCACCCUGUCCUGGGCUGGUUUUCCCAGACUGUGGAUUAUGGCCUGAACGAGUCGAUGCCUCUGCUGACAAAACAACUGCAGCACCUCUGGGGAGUCCAUAUGAUCCGAAUCCUCUUCAGUGAUGUGCUCAGCAAGAAACUGCUGGAAAAUCAGGAGAUAGCUCAGCUGCCAGCACAGCCAGUGUCCCCUCAGAACAGCCUUCCCAUGAAAACCCUGUUCAGGAGAGCUUUCCAGAAAUCAGCCUCCGUCCGCAACAUCCUGAAGCCGGUCGGGGGGAAGCGCGUGGACUCGGCCGAGGUGCAGAAGGUUUGCAGCAUCUGUGUCCUGUACCAAACCACCCUGACCACCCUGACCCAGAUCCGCCUGCAGAUCCUCACAGGUCUCACUUACCUGGAUGAUCUGCUGCCCAAAUUAUGGGCUUUCAUCUGUGAGCUGGGACCACAGGGUGGGUUAAAACUCUUCUUGGAGUGUUUGAACAAUGACACAGAGGAGUCCAAGAGGCUGCUGGCCAUGCUGAUGCUCUUCUGUGACUGCUCCCGGCACCUGAUCAC